AUGAGAAAUUCGGAGGAAUCUUCAAAACCCCCAACCCGCCCUCUCUUCGUUCGCGAAGUCCGAGGGCCGGUGCUGCCCGCGAGGGCCUGGUGUGACCUUCUCGACACACCUGCAUUCGGCAUCAGAAACAUCGGGGGACCCGGGGCUGUGCAAUACGCAGCAUACUGUGCUCUUGUCUUUUUUUUGUCCUUCGGGGUGGGAAGAGAUGAGAGCGGUAUCAUUCGAUUCCGAUCAUUCUGGUGGGGAUGGCGCUUCACCCUUUUUUCUUCUCAGGUCAGUAUUUUACUUCCCCCGUCCACUUUGCUUGUUGCUGCUUUGUGCGGCCGG